UGACAUGCGUGGUCAGGGCUCUAAUUUUGAAAAAUCCCAGGUCCAGCUUUCGUUGGACUGGCUGGACACGUUGCCUCUUUGACAGACACAUUGCCUGUCAGCUGCCAAAGAGGCGAAAGCAGAAUCCUUUGCUCCACAUCAUCCUCACAUCACUAUUGCAUUCUAAAAAACAAUAACUACGUGCUUUUCUGAACACAGCAUUGCAGCACAUUGGAUUCGGUCAUAAUUUCUGGUGAUUGAUUCACUCGCUCGACUAUCUGAAAGAACAAUAAUGCCAUCAACCAUCUCGCGCUUCGCCCUCCUCGGUCUUCUCGCUGGAGUGGCCACAUUCCCUGGAGCCCAAUGUUUCCUUCCACAGAAACUUGCUGUUUCGCGAGGUGUCAACAGAUUGUUUGUUGCUGAGAAGAGCGUGGAAGCUACAGCCGAGGCCGAGAUUUCUUCCAAGGCAGUGGAAGUCGAUGGUUUGAAUAACAUUAUUGGAACCAACGGCGUUGCACCAAGCCAACCAAAUGAACGAUACAAGGCCAUCAGUCUUCAGGCACUUGACAAGGUUGCUGAAAAGCACCCCCAGCUCAAUGCUCACAUGGAGGACAUCCGCCUCUCUGGUUUGAUUUUCCCCUUCAAGGCAUCACCUUACUACGUCGAUGAAUUGAUCGAUUGGGAUGCUGAAGACUUGAGGGAAGAUCCUUUCUACCGUCUGGUUUUCCCAACAAUGGAUAUGCUUAUCCCUGAGCACCAGGAAAAAUUGCGCAAGGCACACGCGGCUGGAGAUCCUGCUGCCCUCAUCCAAACUGUUGCUGACAUCCGUGCGGAUCUUAACCCCCACCCAGCGGGUCAGAAGCAGUUGAAUGCUCCAAAAAAUGACGACUUGACUGGAGUACAACACAAGUACAGCGAAACCGUAUUGGUUUUCCCUGCUGCUGCUCAAACAUGCCAUGCAUACUGCACAUACUGCUUCCGAUGGGCUCAGUUCAUUGGUGAUGAUGAAUUGCGAUUUGCCCAGAAGGAAGCUGACUCUCUUUUCAACUAUUUGGCUGAACACGAAGAGGUUUCUGAUAUUUUGAUGACUGGAGGAGACCCAAUGGUCAUGAAGACUAGGUCCUUGGCUCAAUACUUGGAGCCAUUCACUGACCCAACAUUCCUUCCCCACAUCAAGAACCUUCGUAUUGGAACUCGCAGUUUGUCCUUCUGGCCCCAACGAUUCACAACCGAUGCUGAUGCCGAUGAGGUUAUUGAAUUGCUUCGCCGUGUUCGUGAGGAGGGUGGUCGUCACAUUGCCAUCAUGGCCCAUCUUUCACACCAACGUGAACUUUCCACUCCCAAGUUCAAGGCAGCUGUCAACCGAAUCCAGAAGGAAGCAUUUGCCACUAUCCGAUCCCAGAGCCCAGUCAUGCGAGGAAUUAACGACGAUGCUGAUGUUUGGGCCCAGAAGUGGCGCCUUGAAACCCAGAUGGGCAUCAUUCCAUACUACAUGUUCAUGGCUCGUGACACGGGUGCUCAACAAUUCUUCGAUGUUCCCCUUGUCCGCGCCCAACGAAUCUACAGCGAUGCCAUCCGCAACUGCUCUGGUUUGAUCCGUACUGCCCGUGGUCCAUCCAUGAGUUGCACACCCGGAAAGGUUGAGGUGACUGGUGUGGAAGAGAUCUUGGGACACAAGGCCUUUGUGCUUCGAUUCCUUCAAUGCCGUGACGAAAACUGGGUUGGUCGUCCUUUCUUCGCCAAGUACGACCCCAAGGCAGUCUGGUUUGACGAUCUGGAGCCUCUUCCAGGCAUGAAGCUGCCAUGGGACGAGAGUGGACUUCCCCGACCCGUCGAUCCUUUCGUCGAGUAAAUGCGCUGCAACUUCACAGCAUGACGGAAACUCGGAGACUCAACGCUAGACCUCAACAACAGCAGGAGACGACAGCGCCACUCUUAGAUGGCUCGCAGAAGAUAAAGAGCUCUCUCCUCAACACUAGCACACCCAACAAAUUUUAUACUCCGGAAAGCGGAAAAACCUACUAGCACUACACAAAUAAACUACUAGCAAUACACAUAAUAUUGACUC